AUGGCAGAAACAUUGCCUAUAGAGGAAAACAGCACUUCCAAAGAACACCGGUUUUCUGAGGACUCUAUGGAUUCUGCACUUAAUUCUGUAAAUCCUUCAAGUCCAACCCGUCGAAACUCCACGGAAUAUCGUACUUCAGGGAGUGCAGCGUAUUACAGAAAUUCCCUUCAGCCAGUGACUGCUACCUCCAACUCAGCCCCGCUCCUGCGCAGGCUGUCCUUGAGCUCUGCGGGCAGCAGCGGUUACUAUGAAGUUAGCAGGAGUCGAAUACAGAGGCGGAUUGAAGCUGCAAGUUCCACAACUGGACCGGAUUUGAAUUCACUGAAAAGGGAACCUUCAAGAAUAUCAAAUAAGGAUCCUUCCACCUGGUCAAUAGAGGAAGUAAUGCGUUUUGUGAAAGAAGCUGAUCCACAGGCACUGGCUCCACACGCAGAACUCUUUAGGAGACAUGAAAUUGAUGGGAAGGCACUACUCUUACUGAGGAGUGAUAUGAUAAUGAAAUAUAUGGGACUGAAGCUGGGGCCUGCCCUAAAGUUGUGCUACCACAUUGAAAGACUUAAACAAGGAAAGUACUAG